GAUGAAUGCAAGCCGAUGAGUUAAAUGGUGGUGGUAAGAGAAGUGAGAAACAUGUUUUGGGGUGUGACAAUAGAUGGGGGAAAGCGGUACAGCCAGACAGUGGAGAGGUCCUUCCAUAUCUCCAUGGCUGCCUUGGAACCGAGUUCAGCUAAAGGAUGUGUGUCCCUUAUGAUACAGCAUGAAAAAGCCGAGUUUCUGUUGUGUACGCUUGACACCAAAAACAUUUACCAACAGCCUCUGGAUCUGAACUUUACUGAGGGAGAGGAAGUGACCUUUUUCUUGACAGGAUCAGGAAUCAUUCAUUUAACAGGCUUUUUGGUGGAGGAUGAAGAGGAAGGCAUGGAGUAUUCUCAUGACAUGGACUCCUCAGAUUAUGACUCCUCUGAUGAAGAAGCCCCAGAAUUGGUAACACCUCCAUCUUCUGCAAAAGUCAAAGCAUCAGAUAUAAAGCGUAAGCUGACCAACACUUAUGAUGCUGUGCCUGCGAAAAAGACGAAGAAUCAGCAGUUUUUAGAUGACAGUGACGAUGACAGCUCAGACCCAGAUUAUAUGGAUGAGAAAGAAUCCGAUGAAGAUUCAGAAAGUGAUGAGGAGGAUGAAGAUGACAUCCCAGCUGGGUGGGAGGAAGAGGAUGACGAUGAUGAUGACGAUGAAGAUGAUGAUGACGAUGAAGAAGAAGAAGAAAGAAAAACUCCAACCUCCGCAAAACAAAAGUCCAAUAAGGUCACAAAACAUGACAAACAGAAACAAACACCCAAAAACAUGUCCAAAGUCAGCACUCCAAAAUCGGCAGCAUCAGCCUCAAAGUCUCCUAUGCCCAAAACACCUGUAACAGACAGCAUGCCUGAAGCGGGUGACACGACGGAGGGGAAGAAAAAAAAGAAGAAGAAGAAGAAAAAGAAGAAGACUGAUGGAGAAGGACAGUCUGCUAAUGGACCAGAAGAGGGUGGGAGUAAAGUUAAAGCCCAGGACAAAGCAUCUCCACAAAAGAAGGUAGUGGCUGGGGGCACGGUGGUGGAGGAGGUGAGGGUGGGGCAUGGACCAGAGGCUAAGCCUGGGAAAAUGGUCCAUGUGUAUUACUCCGGAAAAUUGACAUCUGGGAAGCAGUUUGAUUCAUGUACAUCCGGCAAACCAUUCCGCUUCAAGCUGGGCAAACAGGAAGUGAUCAAGGGCUGGGACAAUGGGGUCUCUGGAAUGAAGGUUGGAGGGAAGAGACGACUGACAGUGCCAGCUAAUCAGGGCUAUGGCAACCAACGACAGGGACCCAUUCCUGCAAACAGCACGCUGAUUUUUGAUGUUGAACUUAAGGCUGUUAGCUAAUCAUGUGAAAAACCAGUAAAAUUUUACAUUACAGUAUUGAUGUAUUUGAUUUCAUUCAUUUUCUGCUGGCUGUUAUAAAAUAAUGCCAUGAUGAAAUCUGUACACAUGUAA